CCGGAACCUUGGCGCCGUGACGCAGGUUUCCGGCGGGCUUCUUAGAGCGCCGAACGGCUUUGGGCCGAAGGACCAUGAGAGGGCCGGAGUUGGGUCCCGAACCUACGAUGGAGGGGGACGUUCUGGAUACCCUGGAGGCGCUGGGGUAUAAGGGACCACUAUUAGAAGAGCAAGCCCUUACCAAGGCAGCAGAGGGUGGACUGUCUUCGCCUGAAUUUUCAGAGCUCUGUGUUUGGUUAGGCGCUCAAAUAAAAUCAUUGUGCAACUUGGAAGAAAGUAUCACUUCAGCUGGGAGAGAUGAUAUAGAAAGCUUCCAGCUUGAGAUAAGUGGGUUUUUAAAAGAAAUGGCUUGCCCAUAUUCUGUACUCAUAUCAGGAGAUAUUAAGGACCGUUUAAAAAAGAAGGAUGACUGUUUGAAGCUUUUAUUAUUUUUAAGUACAGAGCUUCAAGCUUUAGAGAUACUGCAGAACAAGAAACAUAAAAAUUCUCAGUUAGAUAAAAACAGUGAAAUUUAUCAGGAAGUUCAAGCUAUCUGUGAUACUCUUGGUGUACCCAAGUCAGCAACUUCUGACAUUCCGCUUAUGCUAAACCAAGUGGAAUCAAAGGUGAAAGAUAUACUCUCAAAAGUCCAGAAAAAUCAUGUAGGAAAACCACUGCUGAAAAUUGACUUAAAUCUGCAACAAGCGGAACAACUGGAAAGAAUCAAUGAUGCGCUGUCUUGUGAAUAUGAGUGUCGCCGGAGGAUGCUAAUGAAACGGUUAGAUGUGACUGUGCAGUCCUUUGGUUGGUCUGAUAGAGCAAAGGUAAAAACAGAUGACAUAGCAAGAAUUUACCAGCCUAAGCGUUAUGCUUUAUCACCCAAGACAACGAUUACACUGGCACAUCUGCUUGCUGCUCGUGAAGAUCUGUCCAAGAUCAUUAGAACAAGUAGUGGCUCCAGCCGAGAGAAGACGGCAUGUGCCAUUAAUAAGGUGUUGAUGGGAAGGGUGCCUGACAGAGGAGGACGGCCAAAUGAAAUUGAACCACCACCCCCUGAAAUGCCCCCUUGGCAAAAGAGACAAGAUGGCGGCGGAAGGGGUGGUUGGGGUGGCGGAGGUGGUGGGGGUGGUCGAGGAGGUGGUGGGGGUGGAAGAGGUGGUUGGGGAGGUGGGGGAGGUGGGGGAGGUUGGGGAGGUGGUGGAGGAGGAGGUGGUGGAGGAGGAGGGUGGGGAGGAAGCGGGGGAGGGGGUGGUAGAGGAGGAGGUUUCCAAGGCAGAGGAGAUUAUGGGGGGAGGGGAGAUUAUGGUGGAAGAGGAGGGGGCUACGGUGGAAGAGGGGGCUAUGGUGGAAGAGGUUAUGGAGAUCCAUAUGGAGGAGGUGGCGGUGGAUAUAGAAGAUAUUAAAAUCUACCAAAAUUAGAUAGCAGUGCUUACUUCUUGGCAGAGACAUUAGCUAUAGUGUUGUAGAUAACAUACUUGAAUGUCAUUUUUGAAGUAAACACCAUGUUAGAUUCCCUAUACCAUUCUUGAAUUGGGUUAAUCUGUAAGAGUAUUGUUUUAUACUACCAUUUGAUCUCUUAGAGUGAUGAUUUUUUCCAUAUUCUGUACCCCUGAGCAUGUCUUUUUAAAAAACAAAAAAUGAGCAAAAAUUAUUUUUAAAAAUGUAAAUAUUUAUUACCAUCAUACUUGGAAAAUGGAAAGUAUUUUAUUGUCAUGAUUGAAUUUAGAUUGUUACCUGUAUUUUAUUCAGGUUUGAAACAUAAAUUACCCAACUUGUAAUGGAAAGGAAUAUAGACUAUUGCCUCAUCUGUAUUCCUGUGGCUGUGUUUUGUAUUUGAUUAUUAUACUUUAUGAAAUAGGGAACGGGACUGAUCUAAUAGUUGUGUUCAAUAGAUAGCUGUCAUGACUUGUUUGUUCUUUUAUAGGCAGCAAUUCUUCUGACCAGGGUUUCUGUUAAAGGUCCAUUAACUGAAGCUUAAGCUUGCUUUUUGCUAUGCAUAUUUGAUUUAUUUUCCAGGUGGAUUUGAAGCCUGUGAUUUUGUUUAAGAAAGCAAAGUUAAAGACUGAGGUCAGAAUUACUCUAAAGGGAUGAGGACAAGUAAUAAUUUUAUACAUGGUGGUGUAAAAAAUAUUCUUCAUAUAAA